UAAAUACCCUCUCAUUUCAUUUCAAUAGAGCCCUAGAAUCCUCCCGAAAAUGUCGUUGACCACCGUGUUCCGUCGAGCCUCGUCUAGAGUCGCUACUCUCGCCUUCCGCUCAGUUAGAUCUCCGUUGGCCGUCCGCAGUGGCUCCGAGAGACUGAUUCUCGGUAGCCAGCAGCUCAGCCGCGCGUCGGCGAUUCCGUUCUCGACGGAAAGUGCGGUCACUAAAACAACCGCCGACGAGAAUCUGGUUAGCGUUCUCGAAUCUGAAAUCGAUUGCGCCGUUAAGGAGGAGGCCCCUGAUCAAAACCUCAUGGAAGAUGUGCCACAAGGGUUUCCUUUCAAGAUCAUUGAUACUCCUGGGGAACGAACUGUAUUGCUUCAAAGGAAUUUUGAGGAUGAAACCAUCCAAGUCGAAGUCGACUCUUCUGCGCCUUAUGACGAUGAAGAACAAGAACAAGCUGAAGGAAAUGAUGAUGAAGAUGAGGAACACUCUGUUAAAAUCCGGAUUCCCAUGGUUGUGAGUGUCUCCAAAGGUGAUGGUGUCUGUCUUGAGUUUGGAGUCAGCGCUUACCCCGAUGAGAUUGUGAUUGAUAGUUUAUCCAUCAAACACCCUCAAGGAUCUGACAGUGAGCUUGCUUACCAAGGACCUGACUUUGACGACUUGGAUGAGAACCUGCAGAAGGCUUUCCACAGGUUCUUGGAGAUCAGAGGGAUCAAACCGAGCUUCACUGACUUUCUCGCUGAUUACGUGGCCAACAAAGACAGCAGAGAGUAUCUUCAAUGGCUUAAGGAUGUCAAGUCUUUUGUUGACAAGUGAUAACUGGUCUUUGUUUCCAUGAAUAAUAAGAGUGAUGCUCUUAGUUGAGACUUCUUUUUUACUUCAAAUCGUUUUAGAGUUUUUAUUUCAGAUGAACCUGUUCUCAUCAGAAUGGUCCAUGAUAAUACAGAAAAUUCGUUGAAAUGA